UCAUUCAUCAUAUUUAUGGUAGAAGAAGGACUGAGUAACUUCUGCAGUGGACGAUCUGACUUGGGAUUCUUCAAGAGUGAGAAACAAGAUCUUUUAAGGUUUAAUCAAGAUCCUUCCAAUCGCCUUGACUCUUCCGACUCCGACCUCCCUCGUAGAACUCUUAAAGCAGCUCAUGAGCAGCCAAAAACGGUUGGCGUCAAACAACUUCCAUGGAAGAAUCUUCAAUAUCUUGACCUUCGUUCCAACUUGUUCGAAGGACCAAUUCCAGUUCCGCCACCUGACAUGAAAGUCUUUUUAGUAUCAAACAAUAAUCUGACAGGAGAAAUACCUCAUUUAAUCUGCAAUAUGAGUACCCUUGAAGUUCUUGAUCUUUCCAACAAUAGCUUGACGGGUACCAUUCCAGAAUGCUUGGGACACUUCAGCAACAGUUUGCGCGUGUUGGAUCUGCAGGAGAAUAGUUCUAGGCACCAUUCUGGAUUAUUUGCAAGGCUUUCAUGGUCAGAUUCCAGAAGUAAUUGGAAAGCUUCGAGACUUAAUCACCUCAACCUUUCUCAAAACAGUCUUACAGGUCAGAUUCCUCCAUCGUUGGGCAAUUUGGAAGGAGUCGAAUCCUUAGACCUUUCUUCAAACAAACUUGGCGGGAGAAUUCCAUGGCAGUUAACUAAUUUGACAUUUCUCUCUGUGCUGAACCUGUCACAUAACCAACUUGUGGGACUUAUUCCUCAAGGGAACCAAUUCAAUACCUUCUCAAGUGAUUCGUACGAAGGAAACUUGGGAUUAUGUGGACCUCCAUUAACAGAAUGCAGCGACCCUUCCUAUCCACCUCAUAUUGAGGAUGAUACAGACUCUAAUAAAGAUUUUGGUUGGAAAGUUGUGUUGAUGGGUUAUGGAUGUGGGACGGGGUUUGGAUUGAUUAUUGGAUGUCUUGUGUUUACAACAGGAAAGCCUCAAUGGCUUGUAAACGUAGUUGAAGGGAAUUCCCACAAAACGGUGAGAAGGAUUAAAAACAAACAGAAAAGAAGAAGAAAUUAG